GCUGUUAACAACAUAAUGGAUAAAGCCACAGACCCAAGCAUGUCAGAACAAGAUUGGUCAGCCAUCCAGAAUUUCUGUGACCAGGUGAACACUGACCCUAACGGCCCAACCCAUGCGCCCUGGCUGCUGGCCCACAAGAUCCAGUCUCCACAAGAGAAGGAAGCUCUUUAUGCCUUAACGGUGCUGGAGACGUGUGUGAACCACUGCGGAGAGAAGUUCCACAACGAGGUGGCCAAGUUCCGCUUCCUGAAUGAGCUCAUCAAAGUAUUGUCCCCAAAGUACCUAGGCUCCUGGACCACAGAAAAAGUGAAAGGAAGAGUCAUUGAAAUACUCUUCAGUUGGACAGUGUGGUUUCCAGAAGACAUCAAGAUCCGAGAUGCUUACCAGAUGCUGAAGAAGCAAGGAAUCAUAAAGCAAGACCCUAAACUGCCAGUGGAUAAAAUCUUGCCCCCACCUUCUCCCUGGCCCAAGAGCUCCAUCUUCGAUGCUGAUGAAGAAAAAUCAAAGCUUCUGACAAGGCUUCUGAAGAGCAGCCAUCCUGAGGAUCUUCAGGCUGCAAACCGGCUAAUCAAGAAUUUGGUCAAGGAGGAACAAGAAAAAUCAGAGAAGGUGUCCAAGAGGCUGAGCACUGUGGAGGAAGUGCGGAGCCACGUGAAAGUCCUGCAGGAGAUGCUGAGCGUGUACCGCAGGCCAGGGCAGGCCCCGCCAGACCAGGAGGCCUUGCAGGUCGUGUACGAGAGGUGUGAGAAGCUGCGGCCCACCCUGUUCCGGCUGGCGAGCGAUACCACCGACGACGACGACGCGCUGGUGGAGAUUCUCCAGGCAAAUGACCUCCUCACCCAGGGAGUUCUGCUGUACAAACAGGUGAUGGAGGGCCGUGUCAUCUUUGGGAACACAGCGAUCAGCUCCGUGGGAGACAUACCUGUCUCCAGAGUCUUUCAAAAUCCAACGGGCUGUGUGAAGAACUGCCCCCUGAUUGACUUGGAGGUGGACAGUGGAUCUGAGCAGGCUGGGACUGCAGCGCCCUCGUUACUGCAUCAGGACCUGGCAGCUUUAGGAAUCAGUGAUGCCCCAGUUACCAGCAAGGUUGCUGGUCAGAACUGCUGUCAGGAAAAGAGGAAUCCCACUGCCAGCACACUGCCAGGCGGAGGUGUUCAGAGCCCUUCUACAGAAAGGAACUUGCUGGAUCUCCUCUCCCCACAGCCGUCUCCAGGACGUCUGAAUUAUAUUCCACAGAAAAGUAUCCCCAAGGAAGUGCCACCGGGUACUAAGUCCUCUCCAGGUUGGUCCUGGGAGGCUGGCCCAUCGACUUCUUCCCCGUCUUCCCAGAACACACCUCUGGCUCAAGUGUUUGUCCCUUUGGAGUCCGUUAAGCCCAGCAGCCUGCCUCCUAUUAUCGUGUAUGACCGGAACGGGUUCAGAAUCCUGCUCCACUUUUCCCAGACGGGGGCCCCUGGCCACCCAGAGGUGCAGGUGUUACUGCUGACCAUGAUGAGCACCGCCACCCAGCCUGUGUGGGACAUCAUGUUUCAAGUGGCUGUGCCAAAGUCAAUGAGAGUGAAGCUGCAGCCAGCGUCCAGCUCCAAGCUUCCUGCUUUCAGUCCUUUGAUGCCUCCAGCUGUGAUCUCUCAGAUGCUGCUGCUCGACAAUCCACACAAAGAACCCAUCCGGUUACGGUAUAAGCUGACAUUCAACCAGGGCGGACAGCCUUUCAGCGAAGUAGGAGAAGUGAAAGACUUCCCAGACCUGGCAGUCUUGGGUGCAGCCUAACUCCGCAGGACAGACCCUGCUACCCAAGCUUAGGCCAGUGUUACUCUUGCUGUGUAGGUAGGACUGAGCACAGUGAUUUAGUGCAGAGUGCCAAGAGCUCUAUCCUGACGUCAGGCUCUGGAUGCCAGCCCCUGACUCGCUCUGCAGAUACUGUGUGUGUGCGUGUGUGUGUUGCUGGGGGGCCGAGGGGGAGGGUAGAGCAGGGCUUGGGAUGUGAGCAGGUGGGAAAUGCUAAAGCGUUUCUGGUAACCACCUGCUGUAAUCAUAUCUGGUUUUGCAUGUCGGUGGACACUGUCCCUGCCUCAGGUUGGAGGUUUUAUAAGCCAAAGUUGUUGUUUUUUUCCAUUUAUUAUUAUCUUUUCAUUCAUCCACUCUGUGCCUUGUCAGCCUUUGAAAGUCUUGGUUGCUCCCAGGCUGCUGUUCUCAGGGACCUUCAAGGGACCUGGUUGGUCUUGGGGCAGAGAGUGUCUUCUGGAGCCCUCUCUUCCAAGAAAGACCUAGUCUCCAUUUCCAUUAGCGAAUGCUGCUUGCAUAUGUUCAGGACGAUCUUCUAAAUGGAAUGCUUGUUGCACUGUUCCCUAGGCGAGGGGCUGCCUCUGGACCAGAGGACCACACUUGUGGGCCAAUCAUGUCCUUUACCACUGUGCCUUAGAAUCACCAUAGAUGGACCCUCCAGGACAGAGGGGAGAGCAGAUCCCAGGCCUUAUUCAGGCCUCAGGUUCCGUGGGUUGGGCAGCCUGUCUGGACCCUUCCUCAGGACCCUCAUCUCCAUCCUCAUCCUCUUUCUCCACAAGCUCUUUGAUUGUGAUACCAUGCCAGUCAUUGUAAAUCAUAGUGAACAGGCUCGCCCUGGCCUGUUGACUUCACAAUCCAAGAUGAAGAACUGUGAUGCAAAUAAGACAUGAAGAGUUUAGCACUGAUUUAAAUGGUGACUAAAUAUAGAAAGUCGUUGAAUAAAUACCUGUGUAGCAAAUGUA